AUGGACACACCAGACAUCGAUAUGAAAAAUUGUUGUGAGUCGCUGCUAGAAUUAUUAAAAAUCGACAAAAGCCAAGACGAGCACAACGAUAGGCAGACAAUGUUCAGGCGGUCUCAGUUCGCCAUCGAAGACGAUAGGUUUAAACACAUAUGCGAGAAGGCAGCGUUCAACGGGCACAUCGAUUGCAUGAAAUUAGCACACGAGAUUGGCGUCCCUUGGGACACCGUGCGUGGAACGACCGGUUACGUGUCCGCACGGGAAAUCGGAUGCCACUGGAACAAGUAUACGAGCACAACCGCAGCGUCCAACGUCGUACAAAGUGUCUGA